AUGAGGCCUGCAAAGAAAACAAAAAAGGGUGCCAAAGAAAAAGCAUCAGAUGAAAAACCAGAUGAGAUAGAAAAGAUAAAGUCAUACCGCUACAUGGAAGGUGAACCUGAGGAUGAUGUCUAUUUAAAACGCUUAUACCCAAGGCAGAUAUAUGAAGUGGAGAAAGCUGUUCACUUACUUAAGAAAUAUCAAAGUUUGGACUUUACUCAUCCAAAUCAAGGUGUUUAUCUUGAUUUGACAUUGGAUAUGGCACUAGGGAAAAAGAUAAUUCACAUUUUCUAUGCAUACAACAUAAAGGCGUUUACUAAUAGAAUCUUGUACUCAUCAUUCUACCUCUCGGUUAGAAGCAAGUUGCAGGCCACAUUCAUACCUGGUAGGAGAUCGCACAAGAGCAUGAAUCCCAGAAAUGGGGACCAUGGGGGCACACAGGGUCUGACUGCCACUUAUUAUAUUGUCACACAGGCUGCAUGUUUAUCUCAUUUAGUAAUUUUUGCUACUUGUCUAAAUGCAGUGAUAAUUUGGGGUUUUUCUUUUUUCCAAACAGAUUCUAUUGGCCGUGACAUCCCCAAAAUGCUUGAAUUAUUUAAAACUGGACAUGAAAUUAUGGUAGAUGAAGAAAGGGAGAACUUUCUGAGCACCAAAAUAGCAACAUUGAAUAUGUCAAGUGACCAGAUUGCUGCCAAUCUGCAAGCAGUUAUUAAUGAAGUUUGUAGACAUAGACCGUUGAAUUUGGGUCCCUUUGUAGUUCGUGCUUUUCUUCGUAGUUCAACAAGUGAAGGUUUGCUACUAAAGACUGAUCCAUUGUUGCCUAAAGAAGUCGAAACCAAAGAAAGUAACAAAGAAGCUGCCUGAUCAUGUUGAAUUUUGAAAUUUUUUUCAGUGGAUUAACAAAACAGAUACAAUUAUAAAACUGCAUAAUAUCUACGUGUAGUGUCUUGUGAUUUCUUGA